UGUGUAUCUGCGAUUAUCUUUUUUUUGUUUAAUUUGGAUUCUCGGGGGAAGUCUCGAGAGAUUGGGUCUCUGUGUUUUCCUUUAAUUCCUGAUCCCGCAAUAAAUCUCAAUCGCGAUUUGCUCAAAUCUCUCAAGCCAAUAUCGAUUAUAUUCAGAUUCUGAGUGUGGGGCAGAGAAAAGUGAUGCAACGGAUCGUAGAUAACGCUCUCGCUGUUUCAAAAGAGUCCGUGAAAACUGUAACGUAUGAGUCUUUAAACAACAUUGCUAGUUGCAUCAAUGGAGUCUCGGCUCUUCUCUUAACACUCCUUCCCGGGAAGGCUAAUAUUCUCGAAGGUCUCCAUGGCUGGGAGCUCAGACCCACUUUGCGUGGACCACGUUUACCACGCUGGAUGCAAAAUGGAGUCUCUUCUUUCAAUCACUUCAUUCACGAGCUCUCUGUGGAUUCUGAUACUUCGAGCUUGGACUAUUCUUCUGGAGAAGAAGAGAGUGACGGUCCGCCGCCUGCUUCACCUUCUUCUCAAUGCUCACGCCUCUCUUGGGCCAGUGCUUCCGCAAAAUCUGAAGGACACUGGUCUGACUGGAUUACGUUUAUUCUUUGGUGGUUGAUACUCCCUUUACGGAUCUUGCUAUGGGUACCUCAGUUUUUUCUGCGUCUGUUCUUCAAACGAAGCUCGAGAACUCCUGCGAGCCCAAGAAGGAACCAACAUAGGCCACGUUUUAGCAAGACUAACUCUAGCAAAUACCAUGAUGUUCCCAACCGUGCUACUGAUAGAAGACGCGGCGUUGUUGAGGAUCUUCAUCUUGCUAUAGAGAUCUGCAUAGAAGCAAUUUUUGAUUUUUUCCACAGGGCUACGCAUCUUCUUCUAUCUCCAUCGGAAGCUUUUGGAAUAUUGUUAUCAUGGUUCUCUCCUUCCAGUCACAGGCGUAAAGAGAAGCAUGACCACGUUUCAGAUGAUGAAACUGUGCAGACUGCUACUUUAGGAGAUGCGGAUCCAUCUCUUGCAGAAAGGCCCACACGGUUAUACAACACUAUGAACACUGAUACUCGAACGUGUCAGGAUGUCAUAACAGAGCUGGGGUAUCCUUACGAAGCUAUUCGUGUUGUUACAUCGGAUGGAUAUGUUCUUCUAUUGGAAAGGAUACCAAGACGUGAUGCAAGGAAAGCUGUUUAUCUGCAGCAUGGGAUUUUGGAUUCUUCAAUGGGAUGGGUAUCUAAUGGGGUUGUUGGAUCUCCAGCUUUUGCUGCGUAUGACCAAGGCUAUGAUGUUUUCUUAGGGAACUUUCGAGGUUUAGUUUCAAGAGAUCAUGUGAACAAGAACAUAUCUUCAAAAGAGUACUGGCGAUACUCCAUUAACGAGCACGGUACUGAGGACAUCCCAGCAAUGAUAGAAAAAAUCCACGAAAUCAAAACUUCAGAAUUAAAGCUCAGCCAACCUAACACCGAUGAGGAGAUCAAUCAUGAGGAGCCUUAUAAGCUAUGUGCCGUCUGUCAUAGCCUAGGUGGUGCUGCAAUUCUCAUGUACGUCAUCACUCGCAAAAUCAAGGAGAAGCCACACCGUCUCUCCAGACUAAUCCUACUCUCACCCGCUGGAUUCCAUGAGGACUCCAACUUAGGCUUCACGUUGGUCGAGUACAUCUUCCUUUUCGUUAGUCCGGUACUGUCUCGCUUAGUGCCUGCCUUCUACAUACCUACAAGAUUCUUCAGGAUGCUUUUAAACAAGUUAGCACGUGACUUCCACAACUACCCUGCUCUCGGUGGGCUUGUCCAAACGCUGAUGAGUUAUGUGGUUGGUGGAGACAGCUCGAACUGGGUUGGAGUCUUGGGUCUGCCUCACUACAACAUGAACGAUAUGCCAGCUGUUUCUUUUCGUGUAGCGCAGCAUCUCGCUCAGAUCAAACACACUGGUAAGUUCAGGAUGUUUGACUACGGGAGCAGGAGAGCUAACGUGGAGGUUUACGGCUCUCCUGAACCGCUUGAUCUAGGGGAGUCUUACAGGUUCAUCGACGUGCCUGUGGAUUUAGUGGCGGGGAAGAAAGAUAAGGUGAUUCGGCCUUCUAUGGUGAGGAAACAUUAUAAGGUGAUGAGAGAAGGUGGUGUUGAUGUGUCGUUUAAUGAGUUUGAGUAUGCUCACCUUGACUUCACGUUCUCUCACCGGGAAGAGCUUUUGGCAUAUGUGAUGUCGCGGCUUCUGCUUGUGGAACCGACGUCUGUUGAGCAGAGGCAGACGAGUCAGAAAGGUAUGAAGUUGAAGAAGAAGAAAAAGGAGGGUACAGUAGUGUAAGUAGCUUAAACCAACCCAUGACAAGUGUGGUGAAUGCUCUUUAGGGUUUGGUGUCUUUGUAAUGUGUGAUGUUUGUGUGUUUGAGGCUUUGAGAGUCAUGUGGUUCUAUGUUGAUGAUCUCCUAUGGAUUGGCUGUAAUAGUGUACAUAAUGUCAAGUGUGAUCUCAUGAUAGAAUUGUUGUCAGGGAUGCUUUUUUCAGCAAUAUCAUACAUGUUUCUAUA